CAGAAAGCUCCGCCUGAAGCUGGUCCUGGAGACAAGAGUACCAAACCUGUGCUCAGUCCCAUCCCCAACCCUGGACUGGCCUUCAAAGAAUUGCGGAGGUCAUCCCGGCUGCUCAGAUCUCCGCCUAGCAGCUAGUCCGGAGAAAGGAGGAGAGAUGUAUCCGCUGAAGAUCCUCGGCCAGGUAGCGAAGUGCGUGCCGCCGGCUUCUCCGGACCCAGCAGCUGCUUAACUUCCCGGGAUCUUCUCCUCCUCCGCCGCCUUGGCUGCGAUUUCAGCACGGCAGAAGAGCCGUUGGCAAGGCGGCUGCCAAUGUUACCACCGCUUUAGAUGCGUUGCUUCUUGGCUAGCUUGGUUUAGUUUCCAGGCGGCCAACUCGACCCUGCCGAGACCCUCCCACGGUCUCCGGGAGCUGGGGCGCGAUGCUCCCGUCGCUGCCGGGCCCUUGCUUUAACCCCCGAAAGGCAGCAGCCUUCUCCUGCCCUUCCCUUCCCUUCGGCCCUUUACGCCGUUGGAGCAGGAGCCCCCGGCUUCCCGCUAGCGCGCGGGAAUGAGGCGCCUGUGAACCCCACUCCCCGUUGGAGGUGGGGAGGGGAGAGACCACAGCUCUCCUUCGCCAUCCUUAUCCAGAUCGGCCGCCCAUGGGGCUGUCCGCUCCCCGCCGAGUGCAAAGCGGCUGAGAGGAGGGGGCGAUGGCCCCUGCGCGGGGGGCCGCCUAGCAUGGCCCGGGGAGGGACGCCCCCCGCCUCCUCGUCUGGCCCCGAGCCCCUGCCCCGCCGCGCCUUGCGGAAGCUGCUGCUGGUUCUGGGCUCCGUGCUCAUGUCUCUCUACGCCAGCUAUUGCUUAGCGGGGGCAGCGCGCGUCCUCACCCGGGAUCCGGCCCCGAUUCCCGUGGCUCAGGGCGAAGAGACGGCCGGCACGCCCCGGGAUCCCUUACUGCAAACCCAGCCGGGGGGAGAAGGCAACAAGCGGCUGCCGCAAGCGGUGAUCAUCGGCGUGAAGAAGGGCGGCACCCGAGCGCUGCUCGAGUUUCUGCGGGUGCAUCCGGACGUGAGGGCGGCGGGCGCCGAGCCGCACUUCUUCGAUCGCAACUACGGCCGGGGACUCGCCUGGUACCGGGAACUGAUGCCAAGAACUCUUGAUGGCCAGAUCACCAUGGAGAAGACGCCCAGCUACUUUGUCACUAAGGAAGCACCAGCUCGCAUCUCCUCUAUGUCAAAGGACACCAAGCUCAUUGUGGUGGUGAGAGACCCGGUCACCCGAGCCAUUUCUGACUACACACAAACCCUUUCCAAGAAGCCAGACAUCCCAUCCUUUGAGAGCCUGACCUUCAAAAACAGGACUACGGGCCUGAUUGAUACUUCUUGGAGUGCCAUCCAGAUUGGCAUUUAUGCCAAGCAUCUAGAAAAUUGGCUCCUGUACUUCCCGCUUGGGCAAAUCCUUUUUGUCAGUGGGGAGAGACUGAUCAGUGAUCCAGCAGGUGAGUUGGGCCGCGUCCAGGACUUUCUGGGCCUCAAGAGGAUCAUCACAGAUAAACAUUUCUACUUCAACAAAACCAAGGGGUUCCCAUGCCUGAAAAAGGCUGAAGGCAGCAGCAAGCCCCACUGCCUGGGCAAGACAAAAGGACGGACCCACCCUGACAUUGAUCAGAAAGUAGUACAAAGGCUGCGAGAAUUCUAUCGGCCAUUCAACAUGAAGUUCUACCAGAUGACGGGCCAUGACUUUGGUUGGGAUUAAGGUUGAAAAAAAUAGUAAUUUAAUCAUAUUAAAAGGAAAAAUAUAUUUUUGUACAUAUCAAUAGAGAUGGAAAUUUAAUAUUUGUGCUAAAGUCUAGUGAUUCCAAUUAAUAUUUUUGUUUUAAUGCAAACAUAUAUUUACUUGUUUUGUUAUUCAAGAUUUAUGAUAUCCAGUUCCACAAAUCCAGAAGACUGCCACUUAAUUUAUGGAUAGGACUGUUGACUAUGAGACCUCACAGAGACAGAGAUGUUUAUUUUCAAUAUGUUAUUUUUGGAGUUUUUAUAAAAUAAUUUGGUGCCUCAGUCUGUGGAUUCUAGUAUCAGUGCCCAGAUGGUUUUUUUUUUAAAGCAGCUUUAGUUGGUCAUGUUGGUAACCAAAUAAUCAGGAUUUUUCUAAUUUGAUCUAUUCUACUCGGUCAAUUCAUAUAAGUUAGAUUUAAACUUCUGCAUUGCUAAAGUGGCUGAAAAGAAGUUUUCAGUGAGUUUCAGGGUAAAAAAAAGUCACUAAACAUUUCAACUCUUUGUACACAUUACAAAAUUAUUUAUGCACUUGAUCCUCAUGUGACUUAAUAAGGACAUUAGGACAGCAGCCUCUGUCUGGCAAGAAACCAGAUUUUAUUCAAAGCUGCGAGGAACAGAAGAUAACAUUUUAGCUUUGCUGAAACAUUCUAAUUUCCUAAGUAAGGAUACUUUUCUGUUUGUAUGACUAAAGCUAAUAUACACCCUUGAGAUCGGGUCAUUAGGCAUUUACUGAAGAGUGAUGUGAGGCCUUGUCCAAACAUGUGACCCCCAAAUCUAGAUGUUUUCUCAAAGAAGAUCCAAUAUCCAAACUAAUUAAGAUAAAAUAUCUUCAUUAUAGUUUGAAAGGCAUUUCAAAGCCUUAUUCAUCCACCCCCGACUCACCCACCUGUUGUCUCCAUAAAGCCUUAUAUUGGCUCAGAUUUCCCUGCCCACAGUCCAGUGACAGAUGAGUUGAGUUGAUGAGUCAACAGUAGGAAAAAAGAAAGCCAAGUCAUUUUCCCUGUCAUCUCUCCCACUUAAACUCAAGAGGUCAUUGGGUCAUCAGUCACUACCUCCAACCAACCAGGAUGGCUUUCUCUCUCAGCUCAGAAUGUCCAACUCUCCUCUUUUUCUGAAAUCGUGCCAUAAAACAUUUGAGUAAAUAUUUUAUAGCUACCCCAACAAAGAAGGGAAAAUAUUUUGUUGUAUCUCCAACUUUUAUGUCUUAGAUGUUUCUGAGCUCAUCAUUCAUUCCAACAGCUACUGGAACAGCUGUUGUGCCUGUGACUCUAAAAGACAAAACACUUACAGCAGCAAGAUGGACGCAACCUGUAUUAUGUUGGAUUUUUUGAGCUGAAACUUCCAGGUUUCCUGAAAUGUAUGCCACACUGCAACCAUUCUAAGCACUAGGAACCACAACACUGUUUAAUUUAUGGUUCAUCCCCCAGUUCCCCUUUCCCACCCACCCCCAAAAAAACACCCCAUGGAGCAAUGAAAUUAUUCUCAAUUAAAAUUUAUGCCAUAAAUUUUAAAUUUUAUUUAUUUAAAUUUUAAAUUUUAAAUAAAUAAUAACAUGAGUUUGCAAUUGGUCUGGCACUUCUAUACCAAAUCCUAGACAAUUGUUUGCUGACAUGACAAUCUACAGUAAUUACAGAUCUAGAAUAAUUAAUUGUCUCAUUGUCUCUGUGAAUAUUUGUACCAUUGUACCUUUCCACAUAAAAUGAUGCAUCUUUUGAUAUUUCUGUCAGGUUCAUAGUUACACUUGUAAAGCCAAACAAGAAGUGACAGUGGCUGAUACAUGUCUUAUUCCAUUUCUAUCACUUUACUGCUAAAGUAAAAGCUGAAGAAACACUCUAAAUAUUCCCAACUCCAACACCUUAUUUCUCACCAGUCUAUUGCUCCAGGCUGAUUUCUUUCACCUCAUAGUUGAAACUGGAAAGGCUUAAAAGUUGAUGGAAAGAACUUGUAGCAAAGUAAAGUGCAGAUUAGACUAUUUGUUUAUUUGAUUAUUAAAGUAACACGUACCGCAUUCUGAAAGCAAAUGACCGACCAAAACUCCACUUCAUCUAGCUUAGCCUUAAUUUUUCAAGUGUGUCUCACUUUUGUUAAAAACUCAAAGUGGCGUGUAUCAGGGGAGCAUGUGUCGCUCUCAUGCUUGCAUAACAUAUCCCAGCAAAACAAUUUAGUGUCAUGAUGAAAUACUAUAUGAGUCAAAAAUUAUAUCUUACAACAAAUGAAUGCCUGUUGUCCUUUCAGAGUCUGGAGCAAAGCAGUUUUGUAAUAUCUGAAUAAAACUUGUGAGUUAUUUUCUCUUUUUAAUUUCCUGGAAUUUGGGUGAAGAUUUCCAGAUGAAACUUUUUUUUGUCUUGGAGCAGUGUUUGCAUCUCUGUAAAUGACAUCGAACUGAAAUGUUCUAACAUGGAAGAUAUAUUUUAUAAAGUUGUGAUGUUCAGCUCUUGGAGCAGUAAGAGAAUCAAAAAAUGUUCUCAAAGGUAAUGCUCUCAUUCACUCACCAACAUUUAUGCCUGAAUUAUAUCUUUAUCUAAAACAAUAUCAUCAGACAACUUAAAGAUAAGUACUGAUUUGUAAAUGGCAAAACUUUAUGGGGUUUUUUUUUUCUGUAAUGGCUAAAUCAGGGCCUUGUUCCACCACUGGAGAUUGCAAUGCCUUUUUUCUGAAUGUAAACCUACAACUUUCUUGCUGAAAAGCUAAAGGAUACAGCUUUUAUCUUGCAAAAAUACACUCACAAGUUGGUUGCUAAAGAAAAUUUCAAGUCAGGUUGUCAAGAGUAUGGAACGAAUUCCAUACUCUUCAGAACAACUGAUACAAUGAAGGCAAAUGGAUGCAGUAUCAUUUUAUAUUUUGUGAAUUUUGCAGCUCCUUUUCAAAAACAUAUCAUAUGAAGUUUAUUUAUUUUAGAGAGUUAUUGCUUUCUUUUUCUUUUCUUUCCAGCAUUGUAGGGUAAACUAUCUAAAGCCUGCCAAGAGAGAGAUCCAUACAUUUUUUUUAAUUGAUGGGGCAGGGGGAAUUUCUUUCCUUUGUAUGUGCUAUUUUAUGUUACUUCUUUGCAUUGUAAUCCUCUCAUUUCUACACUUUGAUGCUAUUUCUGUAAGAGUCAAAAUACUUUUUAAAUUUAAUUUAAGGCUGAAGAAGCACAUAUUUUAAUAAAGUUUACGGGUACA